CUAACCCUGUGUGCUCUUUGCACAGAUGGAGAGAGAGGCUGAGUCAAGGCAAUGCUGGGUCUGUUAAGUUCAUUUUUAAGCUGAUUGGAAGAUUCCCAUUUGUUUCAGUGUGGAUUGACUAGCCCACAAGCUCAAGCCUAUUCCUCUUCAUAUGCAGAAGAAGGAUUACAGAUAGUAAGCAAGAGCAGCUUUAAUAAAGAGAUUAGAUACUUUUCUACUAGAAAUUAGAAAAUAUUCUGUAACUUGAGGGAAUGCUACCAAAGUUGGUGUCUGGUGAUGAGACACCAGUGAAAUGCUCUCUCCCUCUUGGAACACAUUCACCAUGAAGGGAGCCGUCCUGACUGAUGAAGCCCUUGGUUGUGUAAGAGUUGCUUAAUUUCCAAGACAUGAAAGAACACUUGUGCUUACCCAAAUCAGUGUUUUCAGGGCUUCAAUGAUCACGUUCUUGUACUGGCUUUUUGUUUUCUUCCUCUGUAGUCUGGCCAAGCCUCCAACCAGGAACAAGCCCUUAUUUUCUUUAGCUAUUUUAGUUUGAUUUAGGCUUAGCUGAACCUGACGAAACUGCAGUUUCAUGGGAAUGUUUGACUCCUGUUGUGCACAGAGAUCUCAAAACAAAAAAAACAUUUCCUUGGAUGCGAUGGCGAAGGUUUUUUUGCCUGCUUCUACCUCCAGGAGAUGGAGAUUGAUGAUUCCACACACUCCCCACUCCCCUCCCCCCAAAUUAAACAAACCUAAUUCUUUUCAUAUUUCUUUGGUAAGUUUGGGGGUUGAGGUUAUUUUUGUUUGGUUUUGUUGUUUGGGGGGUUUUUUUGCCCCCCAGACCUUUUAUCUUUUUCAUUGCUUUCAUUUGAACUUCUUUUAUGGGUUUGUUUCUCUCUUGAAAUCCAGCCACCAGGAUGAGACACCAUUCCAGCUAUGAUCCCAGAAGCACUGGUGCACAGGGAUUACUGUGCAUGCCUUACAUAAGGCAGUCCUGUUUACAGACCUGCCUCUUAGGGACCAGGCUAAAGGAGACUGGAGAAAAUGGGAUUUUUCUGAAUCUGCAAAGCAUGCCUGUCUUUGGGAUUGAGAUAACCCCUGCCAGGGAGGAACAUGGCUGUUGCUGGCAGCUUGGGCAAGCUGCUGCCUUCCCUCAAAGGCAGAGAGCUCUCCUGUCUGCACGUGGCUCAUCUGAGCCAGCUCCUGGUCUCCGUGCCGGUCCCUGGGGCAGAGGGGCCUGGAGCUGCCAUGACGACGGGCGACUGCUGCCACCUCCCCGGCUCCCUGUGCGACUGCCCGGGAAGUGCUGCCCUCUCCAAGUCGGUGGAGGACUCCGACAUCGGUCGCCCACAGUAUGUCACGCAGGUCACCGCCAAGGAUGGACGGCUCCUCUCGACGGUGAUCAAGGCGCUGGGCGCACAGAGUGGCUGAAGGAUCCUGGUCCCCGCAAUGAGAAGAGGACCCUUUUCUGUGACAUGGUGUGUUUUCUGUUCAUUACUCCCCUGGCGGCAAUCUCUGGCUGGUUGUGUCUGCGCGGAGCCCAGGAUCAUUUGCAGUUCAACAGCCGACUGGAGGCCAUCGGACUCAUAGCACUAACUAUAGCACUUUUCACAAUCUACGUCCUUUGGACGCUGGUUUCGUUCCGCUACCACUGCCAGCUGUACUCGGAGUGGCGAAGGACCAACCAGAAAGUCCGCUUGAUGAUCCCAGCCUCACGGAGCCCUCAUCCCGUGCCCCACUCCCUCCUCUCCGCCAAGCUCAUGAAGAAGACCGCGGAUGAAACCACCGUCUGAGCUGUCCCUUGGCCGCUGCGCCACGUGGCUGCUGGGGUGAGGGCAGCCCUUCGCGGCUGGCAGAAGCAAAGAAGGUCGGGUGUCCCCGCAUGCGCAGGAAACAUGGCAACUGUGGAGGCACUAGGAAACAAUUGUCCCACCUGAAGGGACUUUGCAGUCAGCACGUACUUUAUACUAUGGCAAACAGACAGAUAAUCAAUGUCUGUCAUGUGAAAUGGCCCAAAAGAGCCAGAUGGCAGAAUACGCCUGUCUGCAGGGACACUUUCCUAUAACUAAAUACCAUAUGUGGAAAAUAUCUCCCUCUCUCUCUCUCUAUAUAUAUCUAUAUAUAAUAUUAUUUUUUAAUGGCCAUGCAUAUUGUGUUUCAGUCCUUUUGUGUUGAUGUUCUAAGCUUCAGUAUAGAAGCUGGCAGCCUGAUCUCAUUCAGAGGUUAAAUCUAUGCCUUUUCUCCAAAUGAGCAUAUAAAGAACACUUUUCAUCAACCGUUCUUGAAAGUCCCCUUCUCCUUUGCACUAAAUUGGUUUUGAUAAUACUGCAGCAGCCUUUCCCAUUACUCUUUGGUCUCUUUUGUGGUGUUUCUGUCCUUUCUGGAAAGUUGUGUGUUUUUAAUAAUUAUUAUAAUCCCAGAAGGAGUAAAAUGAUGUGAUACUGAAUGGAGACAUUUUGUAUUGUAAAGUACUGUAAUUUUGAGAAUUUCAAAAUAAGUUUCAAAACGAGAAAAUCUUUUCCUGGGCAGACGUGAUCUCACAAAAUGCUUUCCUUGCAGAUCCUGGCUCAUCCCCAGGACUCGGAUGCACUCAGCUCUUGGUAUGUCUGGCAAAGGUAGAUGGAGGAUCUGAGGGCGGGAAGUGAUGGCUCGUACUAGCUAAACCCACCAUUGCCUUUUGCUUUUAAAAGAUUCAGAAAGGAGCUUUCCUGACCCCAAAAGGUGAGAGUUGGAGUCUCUGUUUGCUGAUGUCCUUUCACCAUCUUGAGGCUGGACCUCUUGUAGUAUCAGUUACACACAUACCUUAUGGGACAGGCCAUACUCUGCAGCUGCUGGGCAGGACAUAGGUGGUCUCGGCUGUUCUCUGUGUGCUUUAUUUGCACAUUCCUGGGCAGCAGCCGGAGGAGCUGCUGUGAUUUGGUUCAUGCCUGAAAGUGCUGCAUACCUGUUACAUCUCCUCUAGUGAAACACCCCAAGUUCGCUGGUUCACAGAGAACAGGCUCUGAGUCCCUUCUCCUGUGGGGCCGGCAUUCUUCCUCUUCCUUCAUCCACCUGAUUUCCCAGCACAGCCAGCUAACGAGCUCCUCUGUCUUGGAGCGCCCAAUCUGCCAAGGGUCUCCCUGAGUUUGGCUUUAGUCCUUGCCUCUCUACUGCCUCCCCACCCUGCCAGAUGAUGCCUGUGCUUGGGGCUAUGCUUUCCUGAGCCCCAUGAGUGGGGCAGGCCAUAAGGAUGCUGGUGUUGGUGCUGCCCUGCUGGGUGCUCCAGCGGUGUGUGUGGCUGCUUGGUGUGACCCUUGGCUCUCACUCCUGCAAUGGUGAGGGUAGAUAGCAGGGAGUAGGCAGGCUCCAAGUUGCCCGAGUCCUUGCAGUGGGUGGUGGUAUCACACACUAUGUCCCUCCGCUUCUUUGCUGAACCCAAGUGGAUCGGUCCAGUGCCCUGCUAGAUCGAGACCUGCAAUUUCUUGAAUUCAAAGCACCGCGUGCCAUUCUUCCUUCUCUCUAGCUGCAAAGCAGGAUGCUUUUCCUUAUGUGUUCCCUGUUCCCUGACCCUAGGCUGGAAGUAGCUGGUGGCAUGAGCAGCAGGGGCCAGUGUCCUAUCUCUCCCAAUAGGAUUGCUCCAGCCCUGUGUCCUGGUUUGUGUCUGCUCUUCUCCUCCAUCUCCUGUCUCGGAUUUCUCAUGCAACUCAGUGAUAUCCCAGCACAUCUUGCAGCAGCCUGUCUCUGCCCAGCUGUGGGUCCCUGGGGGCUGGUCCGAGCUGGUCUCUGUUCUGAGCAUGAGGGUCUCGUUUGAUCAUGGGGUGAAUAUCUUCUGCUACAGCCAGGCUGUGCUCCUCUGCUCCCUCCCUGCCAGCUUCCCUGCUUGUCUCUUCCCUUCUGCCACGUACCCAUGGGCACCUUCCCUUUUCCCUGUUGUGCAGGGAUGACUUGUCCCCAGGUGCUCCUGGAGGCUUGUAGUGCAGAGAGGCCUCUUCAGCCUAGCUGCAGUUACGGUCCCCGCACAGUAGCAUCCUGCUUCAAAUCAGCUUGUGCGGUGGAGCUCCCAUGCAGGCACUGCCUCCCUCCACACACCCCUUCCCUUGGCAGUGAGAGCUGCACCACUGCUCUGUGCCUUGUCCUGGGUACGCCUUUCUUCAGCCCCUCCCCAACAAACCUUGUAUCACCAGGACAUUCCCAGUGAAGAAAAAUUUGGGGAUUUGGUUUAACCUUCCCAGCCCUGGCUGCCUCCCAGGAGCUUGGUCUUGCAACGUGUCUAGUUCUGGCAGGUAACGAAGGAUGUGCGCUCCCACACCACGUUCCCCUAGUAAGGACUUAAUGGAGCCAGUGUUUUGGUUAGGAAACCCACUGUUGAUCCAAAUAUGCAACUGUGAAAGCCAGAAGUCCCUGCCUGGGGGCAACUGGGGCCCGGCCCUGUGCUGCUGUGCGGCCAUGGCUUCACUCUCAGCUUCGUUGUCUUUAUCGUAGUUGCCAAUAAUUGGAGUUGUCGCAUGUGCCCCUGCAAAACCCAAUAGCAACUCUUUGAGUUUUCUCCUCCUUCCCAGAGGAGACAUUCAGCUCAUGGAUGUGGGAAAUCAGUGUCUCUGACCCACCACGUUCCAGUGUCAUGGGGAAACGGGCUGUGCAAUUAUGUAAAUAAAAGUGAGACAAAC